CUCAGUCACCAUUCACUUUCAUUGCAUUUUUUCCAUACUGUGAAGCUGAAUGGUGACUGAGGCUGUCAUUCUGACAUACCCUUUUGUGUUCCUCAGAAGAAAGUAUAUGGGUCUGGACGAAACAUGAGGGUGAGUAAAUGACAGAAUUUUCAUUGCUGGGCGUCCCUUUAUCGAGCUAUUUCCCAUGUCUUUUUACAACAAUAAUUAUAUAUUUUACGUAUUUUUGUGUAUAAAUAAAUCAACUUGUGGUCGCGACAGAAAGGUAGGCUAUAUUAAUUAAAUACUUGUGCGUGAUUCCGUUUUGAGAACCAUUGUGUUUUGUCUAAUCUCAUACGCAACGAGGAAACGUUUUAAACGGGUUUCGAUUAUUUUUUGAUUAAAAAAAUAAAAAUAAAAAGUGUGAGGGAAAACGAAGAUCUUCGGAUUUAUUGUGUCACAAAGCAGACAAGUGUCGAAGCGAUCCUCACUUCUGACACCGGGUGAAAAACGUGUUAGUUUUUAAUGUUUAUUUCACCUGAAACAUAUUUAGUGAUCAUUUGUCAUACUAAAGCAUUUCACCGUUGUCGUGAAAUGUGGAAAAUAGCAGAUAUAAUUUUAUACAACACUUUCACUCGAUAUUAGACGUUUGGACUUGGUAGCAUUUUACAAUAGCCUAUGUCAAUAUUUUACAUUUCAUAUAGUCUAGGGUAGGCUAUACAACAGGCUACUGACAAUAACAAUAAGCUUCUUCAGGAAAUAAUUAGCUUAUAAAUCUAGGUUCAUGGGCAUUACUUGUUUAAUUACACUAUAACAUAAAUAUAGCUAAGGCUAAAUAUGAACUACUUGCUAAUUCAUAAUUUGCAUUAAUGUUUUAUUAUUUAUUUAUUAUUUUUUAAAAGGCAUUAGUUGAAAAUGUAGCAUACGGUAGACAAAGUAAAUGUCGUGCUUGAAUUUUACGUCUAAAUGUCCAGUCUACAAGUUCGUCAGAAACAGAAAAUAUUAACAUUUCUUGAACAUUGACAUUAUUAACCUCUUUUUAUAACUAAGCAUCGUUUGUUUGUAAAGUUUUGCAUCUCGGAACUGAUGAGGUUAAUGAAAGGAUGGAUGUGUCCGCUCACAGCUCAAAUGCUCUCUCAAAGUCUCUCUGUGGGACCAUGAAUCACAGAGCAACUGGACAACAUAGAACAACUGUAAUUAAAAUCACAUUUAUUCAAAUCAAAGCGGCGAAUGGAAUUGUUUUUAUUACCAUUAUUAUAGGCCUAAGUCUUCAGAGGAACACUGUUUUCAACUUGUGUUAACACGGUAAGUUGGAGUUGAAUUUUGGAAGGUAGCUAUUUUAUAUCAAAAUUAUAACCAUUUUCUUUAUUUGGGAAAAUGACACGUUUUGACACAAAUUAGCCUAAUAUCGACGUAAUAGCUGUUACUAAUAUUAUUAUUUUCAUAAUUAUCAUGAUUAUUGUUACUGUAGCUACAAAGCCGGUCGUGGUCAUUGACUUUGAUUUUCAUUCUUCUCAGGAUCAUCUAAUGAGGUGCUCGCAACAAGAAGGGAGAUAGGCUUGGCCACGGAGGGAGGCGCCUCUCCGUCUUUCUCGCCUUUGAAGAGUUUGUUCUCUCGCUUUUAGAGGAGGACAUACCCGUGAGAAGGUGGGCGUUUGGUGGUGGCUGAGGAGUCAGAUCAGAGCAAUGCCUGCCAUGCCAUCAGUCACCGAUGCACCAUGUCACAGGAAACGCUGGCAGGUGCUUGUUUGGGUUGUAAUGUCUCUGCUGCCCCUAGUGGCAGGAGGCAGGUCACGUUUUCGAGCAGAAUCUGAAGCUGCGGUAGGAUUUGCUGGGAUGGAGGAGCUGCCGUUAGAGGCUUUUCCAGAUGCUGAGGAAGAGCUUGAGGAGGGCAGUGACUCCCCAUGGCACGGUUUGUUUGAGCCAUCUGUGCUUGUCGAGGACGACCAACAGCCAGCGAGAUGGGAACGUUCCCCCCGCUCACCGGACACUUCUGACAUACAGACCAAAGGUGCACGCAAGAAAAAGAAGAAAAAAGAGAAAGAGGAAAAGAAAAAGAAAGAGAAGGGCAGCAGGGGUCGGCAUAGCAGUCGGGACUGUCGUGUAGAGAAACGUGAGAUGCGUGUACGGGACCUGGGCAUGGGCUUCGACUCAGACGAGAUUGUCCUUUUCAAGUUCUGCGUCGGCUCCUGCCAGAGGUCUCGUGGGAACUAUGACUUGGCUCUGCGCGCUCUGCUGGCCAAUGGUAGUCUGCCCAAGCGCACUGCCAGGAAGGUUAGCGCACACCCCUGCUGCCGGCCCACGGGCUAUGAACCCGUCUCCUUCAUGGACGCUACCACAACCUGGAGAACCAUCAAGUCCCUCUCCGCAGCAGACUGUGAGUGCAUGGGAUGAUGCUAGCUGAACAAGGGGAGGGGGAGCAUGACCUGAAGAAAUGGUACAAAAAGAGGAAAGGAGGAAUCGGGAAGCCUCCUGGACCAUGGCUACAGAACGAGGUCGGGCGAGUUGGCCAUGGUGAAGCGCUGUGAGGGAUUUUGGUUUGGCUGUGAGUGAUUCACAACAACAGCCUAUGCAUACAAAGUUUCAUCAAACCAACCCUCGACAGAAAAGCUUGAAUGACGUUAGAAUCCGAUUUGACCAAGUCCAAGACCAAGAGAUGACGAGAGACUCUUUGGGCUCAAUAUGGAGAGAGUUUGAGGAUGGAAGAACAGCAACUCUGGGAUCGUCCAUCUGAAUGGCUCUAUAAACAAAAACUACUUGUUAUAACUCGACAAGCAUUUGCUUACCAGGAGUUUCAUCAGACUUGGAUACUGCACGAAACCCUGUUUCAUUUGUCAGACUCAUUUGUUGAUCCUGGAUGUCAGUGCCCAUUUUCCUGGCCUUCAGUCUGGCAUGUAAUAUUUCAGCCAGAUUAGCAACAUUUGGAUCAUUCAUUAUUAACAGCACAUUAUUGUUGUAAUUACAAUGUAAUUGCACAAACAUAUGUGGAGUAUUAUUAAAAGUUUAACCCGAUAGAAAACACACAGGCCAGUUAGUAUUACCCUUUCAGCUGGAAGCACUGACGGUUGAUUGUAUUUGCAGUAGGUUUUUCAUUUCUCAGGAUUUUUACAGGAAUGAUAUGAACUAUUUUUCUAUCUUACAUUUUUAAUCCUUUUUAAUACCAUAAAUAAAGUAAGAGGUAUUAAAGGGUUCAUGUUCCACGAGGCCAGUUUUUAUAUAGUAAGUUGAUGAAAGAUAUAGUACAGUCAAUCAAACCCAUAGAGAUGAAUAUGUGAUGCUUAAACAUACAGGCUGUGUAGCCCAAUAGUAUAACACAAUCAUUUUUCUUUUUUUUUUCAAUUUAUUUUAUGCUGGUACAUCAUGUACAAAGUACAUAUUAUAUUAAAUAUUAUCAUAAACAUAUGUUAGAUAAGCAUGAUGUAGGUCUAAAUUGUCAAACUAUGUGAAACGAUAGUUGGAUUUAGCUACAUACCAAACUAAAGGCCAGUUCUUAAUUCAUCUUGCUUGACAUUUUAGCUUUUAUAUAUUGAUUUAGUUGCAUCAUAGUUAUCUGGCCUGACAGGGUUUUCCCCAUUCUAGUUAUCAACAACCAGAAAUUAGCAUAAUGUGAUGUCUACCAGACUGUGCUUUAGCAGGGUCAUUAGCGUUCUCUUUUCUCAACACAGAUGAUGACCACAAUGCAUUUGCCAUUGUUUAUUUUACUGUUACCAAAUGGAUGCCAUGCAUCCCUUAACAUUUACUGUACACUUAACAGAUAUAUUUAUUUUUUCAUUUAAGUUAUUUAUUUAUUACCAUGUCUACACAUUGUGUCUUGUGGAUGUUUAUAUUUAUUGUUUAUACCUUGGCCUGUGUUCUUCAAUCCCUGUCAUCUGACGAUGAACCAGUGUGGAUAACAACAAGGCUUUGAAGAAAGUCAGCUGCAAAACAUCACAGUUGCAGAAAAACUCAGCUAUUUAACCCAAAGGUUUUCAUGGAGUAAGAAGAACUUGUAGAUAACUUUGUCAUGAUCUGACAAGGAUUUCAUUGGGUGCUUUUCUGAGUCCUUCAAGGGUUAUACAACUCUCAGAGCACUUACUGGGAAGUCUCAGAUUCAGUUUAUGAAAAGGAAAUUAAAAUAGUUUUCCUCCAAAACACUAAGGAUGAGGGGGAGAUGGAUUGUGUUCUGGCUAGUCCAUCUGUCUGGCCAAUCUGCUGACCUUAAGAGUCCUGAUGUUUCAAUAUUAAAAGCUGCUCAGAAAUGACAUCUAAAAUAUUGUUUUAAAAAGCUGACAACAAUAAAUUGCUUUGCUUCAGUAUUUUACAUGUUUUAUUUAUCAAUUAUAAUUUCUGUUGUUGGCAAAGUUACUCUUUAUUUUUGUACCUCAUAUUUUCUGUAUAGGA